GCCUAGCGGCACAUUCCGAGUCGGUUAUAUGGGCCUUCCCCGUGGCGUGGCAGAAGAGUCGAAGAACGAGCACCCAGAAAAUGGCGCCAAAGGCAAAGAAGAGUCGAGCACCCACUUCCGAUCCAAACGGAAUGUUCGCUGGAAUGGUCGUUUUCUUGGUCGAGUAUGGAGUCCAGACUCGUCGACUAGAGAUUUGGAAGCAGAAACUGGUGCAAAUGGGGGCUACCAUUGCAGACCGUCUAUCAAGAAGGGUGUCUCAUGUUUUUGCUGUGAAUAGGGAUGCCCUUCUCCGACAAGUUGGUCGUGAGCAUUUGGAGCGCUUCCAAGGAAAUGUUCUACAAUACCAGUGGCUAGAGGAUAGUUUGAGAUUAGGACAGAAGAUAUCUGAGGACUCGUACAAUCUAAAAUUUGAUUCAGAAGUACAAGAUGGACCAGGAAACACUUCAGAAAUUUUUCCUCAACCAUCACAGUUAAACAAUUCCCGUGAAGAUGGAGCACCACAAAACAAAAGGAUGAAAUCCUCUCCAGAGAAAAAUAUGAAUGAGGAAAGCAGGGAAAACAAAAGAAAUAGCACUGCACAUGAGACAUCUCAUACUGUCCAAGGUUCUGAUGAAUCAUUCCGCACUCCAAGCCCAGAAAAUUCUGGUUCAAAUACCCUUGGUGAUCCAAAUAAGGCUGUGGGCACAUUGGACUCAUCCUUGCCAUAUAGUCCUCCUGACUUGAACAAGAAUAUCACUGAGAUAUUUGGGAAGCUUAUUAACAUAUACAGAGCGCUGGGUGAUGACAGGAGAUCAUUUAGCUAUCACAAGGCUAUAGGAGUUAUUGAAAAGUUGCCUUUUAAAAUUGAAAGUGCAGACCAGGUCAAGGACCUGCCUACAAUUGGAAAAUCAAUGCAGGAUCAUAUUCAAGAGAUAGUGACUACCGGAAAGUUAUCGAAGUUAGAGCACUUUGAGACAGAUGAAAAGGUACGAACAAUAAAUUUAUUUGGGGAAGUAUGGGGUAUUGGUCCGGCCACUGCACUGAAACUAUAUGAGAAAGGAUACCGUACGCUAGAUGAUCUGAAGAAUGAGGAUUCACUAACAAACGCACAGAAGUUAGGGUUGAAAUAUUUUGAUGAUAUCAAGAAGAGGGUUCCACGCCAUGAGGUCCAAGAGAUGGAACUUCUUUUGCAGAAAGCUGGAGAAGAGGUUUUGCCUGGGGUGUCUAUUGUAUGUGGAGGAUCCUAUAGACGAGGAAAAGCUUCCUGUGGAGAUUUGGAUAUUAUAAUUACACAUCCUGAUGGAAAAAGUCACAGAGGAUUUUUACCAAGAUAUGUAAAGCACUUGAAGGAUAUGAAGUUUUUACGAGAAGAUUUGAUAUUCAGUACUCACAGUGAAGAGGGUACUGAUUCAGGUGUUGACACUUAUUUUGGUCUUUGCACAUAUCCUGCUCGAGAACUGCGACAUCGCAUAGAUUUGAAGGUAUACCCGAGAAACAUCUAUGCAUUUGGACUAAUAGCUUGGACUGGGAAUGAUGUAUUAAAUAGGAGGUUAAGAAUACUCGCAGAAUCCAAAGGAUACCGGCUUGACGAUACAGGGCUGUUUCUGGCUACUCAGGGUUCAGGUGGUAAACGGGGAUCAAGAGCUACUACAAGUUUAAGUUUUAGGACGGAACAAGAAGUGUUCGAGUUCCUGGGAUUCCCUUGGCUUGAACCACAUGAAAGAAAUCUGUGAAAGUGAAUGCCCAAGUGUACAUACCGGACAUAAACUUGCUUCGUUCAGGAGCUGAAGACUUUUUGUCAUGACACACGAGAGAGCUAACCUUAGAGGAGAGACUUGGCAGCUCAAUAUGAAGAGAGAAAAAGUCCCUGGCAGGGGUAGCCUUGCACAUUUCUUGGUGGCAGCAUAGUUUUUGAGAAGUUAUGAAUAUCAUGAAUUUUGUAAAUAAGUUCUGGAUUUUGUGUGUGUUCUCCCCAAUAAUUUCAAACAAAACUUAAUACGGCCUUUGUUGCAGCAUUUCUUGCUUUUGGUUUGGAAACCCAAAUUGUUGCAUAAACUUAGUCUUGCUGAAAAAACCUAACCAUCCUCUCAUCUGCUCUCACAGCAUACUAAGUUGGUGUAAAGGAGCCCUCUUCAAUGUGCUUGCAUGGCCCCUAUAGGCAUCCUUGUGCAGGCACGUCUUGAUACAAUCGGGCGCAAAGGUGGAUCCCAUGCUAGGAUGUAGUUGGGCAAGUAAGUGUUUAAUGAGAGGGUACCUUGCCCGUGUCAACUCAGACCAUUAUUGUGAUUUCACUUCAGUGUUGGUAUAUGCAGUCCCGCUACAAUAGUUGCUAUGGCAGUAAGGGGAUUGUCCUAUCCAUGUAAGCCACAUGAAGAUGCCUUGAUCACCGGCUUGGCCGUCGCUAACCAUGAGAUUCAGCAUAUCCUAGAGAACCUAAGGAGCUCAGCGGGCUUGUUGCAUCACUCGGCCUUCCAACAGAUAUGAUUAUGUUAAGCCAAAGAUGUAAUUAGUUUUUUGUUAAUUAUUAGUUAGUUGGGAUAUUGUAUUUCUUGAUAUAUAACAGCUACUCUGUAUUUUUCACAGAAACAGAGCAGUAACAACAUAAUCCUUUUUCUCCUA